UGUUGCAUGAUAGUGUCUACAGAAAAUUAAUACGUCAUUAGGACCUGUGUGCAGAGGUCAGAACUGCAGGUAGGCCUACUGGGGAGCCUUCUGUUUGCAAAGCAGCUUUAAGUUCUGGUUGAGUAAAAAGACACACUGAGUUCAGCGAAGCGAGACGGGAGGAUCUGAUUCAAUGGGCAGUCGGCGCUGGACAGUCCAUCUUUUUCUACCUCCAUGAUCGCAUGCACACCCUCUGUGAACAAGUUUUGCGAUCUGAUUGAAAACCUCAAUUUUUUCCUGGACAGCGUUACGAACUUCAAGUUUCUCGAAAAUUGGCGAUCACUCCCUGGAAAGAUGUGGGGAACAAAUCUUUGAGUUGUGCUCCAAUUCGUCUGCUUUGCGAUGAAGGGAAUUUAGUGGAGUCGACUCGAGACUGACAGUGAGAAAUGCAUUUCACGCAGCGAGGAAAGUACAGUGCCCGCACAGCAGCGCUUCUUCACGGUUUGCUGACCUUGGUCAGUGGCGGUUUCGUCAUUUGCUGGGCGCAACCCGAUCCUGAACCACUUCCCAUGGAGUUACGAAGCACCCAAGCUGUGGAGAAAUUGAAAGAAGUAUUCUGCAUGAGAUGCGAAGGGGUAGAUCAGCCGCCGCCAACCCUCGCCCGUCCGGUCUUGCCACUUUGCGAGCAGCUCUGCCGCACCGAUGACGUGAGCCAUAAUCAUCAGUGCUGGGAUUUAGGAACACAAGGUAAUGUGAACUGCGAGGAAGAGAAUCAGUUCUCAGUCUGUGCGUACCAAGACGCCAAUGUGUGUCAGUACGAGGACAUGAGAGGGUCCUGCGUGUACCACAGGAACAGGGCAUUCUGCAUAUGCAAAGAUGAGGCCGGGUAUUGGUUAGAGUCUCCUAUGGAAAGCUGUGUCGUUGAACCCGAUGAGUCCGGUGGGCAAGACCGUCCAGUGAACCCCGAGCUACCUCCGCCGCCAACAACCCAGUCUGCGAUGUGUCCCUUCGGGGCCGAUCCCCAGAACGACCGGCUGUGCCUUCCUCCACCGCUGCCGACCGGGCCUGCAUCCUCAGCUACCACGCCUCGUGGCGGCGGCGCAGAUGCCAGAACAGCAAUUAACCUGCCGGCACUAGCCCUGGGAUGCGUCUUGUCUGCAGUUUUGCUACUCGUGAUCAUCGGAGUGGGUGUUUGGUGUCACUGGCACAGGAGAGGACCUACGGCUCGUCAUGAGACGAACAACACGAAAGUAGAGGGCUCAUCGUGUACUAAACUAGACGAAAAUGCUCCAAACACUACUACUCAGUUGCCCGAUUCACUGGUACCCGACGAGGUUCAUGAUUAUGCGUACGUAGACAGUCACUGGGGACAGGAACUCAGCAACCCCGAAAAGGAGGAGCCCAGACUUGAGCAUCAGAUGGGUCAAGAGGAUCAUUAUUAUUUCAAACUACACAAAAAUACCGAGGAGGGAAGCGUCCGCUAUGUAGGACACGCACCGAAAGAUGACUCUGCGAGACCAUCCGCUAGUGCAGAGGCUCCAAGCGACCCACAGUAUUUUAUUUUGGAGAAGGAAGAGGAUCUUGGGAAGGAGGAAAGCAAAGAGAGUGGUUCUGCGCCGGUUGCACAUAAAGACGAUCAUAAUCCAGCCACUUUACCGACUAAAGUACAACCGUUCCUGAAUGAAAACUCCGGAUACGAGGUUGCCAGGGUAGCAACUGUAGCCAAGGGAGAAACGGAAUCACCCCAGUACGAUCACCUCAACAGGGUAUCCGACAAGAGGCCAAGAGAGGCCCCGAUAUCAGUGAAGGACAGUGGAGCUUAUGACAGUUUGGGUGGGCACACAAAUUACAAUCACAUCGUGCCUGACCAGUAAAGCGUAAUUAAAAACAAGAAAAAUAACAGACAUUUUUACUGGUAAACUGUAAGUCGUAAAUGAGUAAAAGAGGGAAAAGCACUUUUCUUUCAGACAACGAAUCGACGAAAGAGAUGUGUGAUUACAUGAACUUCUGGUAAUUUUUGCAUUCGAACUUGAAGUAGUAUCAGAUUUGUGUAAUUCUGUAAGUCCAACUGCAAGGUUCGGAAAGUGAGAAUAAUUUUAGACAUACUUUUUAGAUUUCGUUGUAAAUAUCGACAUUAUUAUAACUGAAAAUUUGUAUCGUCCCUAAUAUAUUUUUAUUAUUAUUAAAAACUUUUUUGUUCUUUUUCUUUUUUUGUAUCGUAAAGUAUAGCUCUUUUCACCGU